CUGGCGGCCGCCCUCCCGCGCUGCAGCCGGAGUCGUGACGUCAUCAUCCGGGCUUUUGUCUCCAUCCGCCGCCCAGCCGCGUCCAGCUCCAAACACUCCGAACUCCUCCAACUAUGUCGGGCUCCUCCAACCUGGUGGCCAUGAAGAAAGUGGUCCAGCAGCUGCGCUUCGAGGCCAGCAUAAACAGAGUCAAAGUCUCUCAGGCAGCUGCAGACCUCCAACAGUUCUGCCUGCAGAACGCUCUGCAGGACCCCCUGCUCACCGGCGUGUCCUCCAGCACCAACCCCUUCAGGCCGCAGAAAGUCUGCUCCUUCCUGUGAAACCAGCCACCAUGUUCAAUGGCCUUUGUUCUGAUGCUACAGGGAAAAGUCGACCUCAACACUGCUCCUCAUGCCAAGCCAUCCUACUGCCACAGGAUUCCUCCACUGUACCACUCUGGAGUCACAUCCACUCCAGAGAAGAAGAAGAAAGCCUUUUUUUUUUUUUUUUUCCAGCCACCGUAGAAGAAAGAAGACCAUAUUUUAUUUUUAUGGCACAGUGUGAUUUUCCAGUCAAUUAUCGUGCCUUUUCUAUUGUUCUAUUUUAGUCAUCACUGUUCAGGACUUUUUUUGUAUUCAAGGAAUAAAAACAGUCUUUACUA